AACUCAGCCCACACUGGGAUCCAAUCCGACGUGUGUUGACAUGAAAAGAUAACGAAUAAACACUCCUGCCUCGCUCUGAUAGGUCAACGCACCCGUUAAUCAACAUCGGUUAUUUUAGGAAAAACCAAACGGGAGAAGGCGCAGGUGGAGUCCGGUGGGAAGGUUUAACGACCCGCGCACUCCCAGGUCCUCCACUCGCUCGGUGGACUCUACCGGGACCGACAUGACCGACUACGAAGCCGCCACGGCCUUCCUCGGGGAGUGGGGCCGCUUCCAGCGGGAGGUGUUCUUCCUGCUCUGCCUCAGCGUCGUGCCGAACGGCUUCAGCGGCAUGGCCAUCGUCUUCGUGGCCGACACGCCGCCGCACGCGUGCCUCAUCCCGGCGCGCGCCAACCUGACGGCGGCUUGGCGGAACAGCAGCGCGCCGCUGCUCGAGGGGACCGCGGGCGGCGGCGCCCCGCUGCGCAGCAGGUGCUCCAGGUACCGCCUGGAGGACGUCAAGCGCUUCUCGGACGCAGGCCUGCUGCCCGGCGUCGACGUGGACCUGUCCAACGUGUCCACGGAGGGCUGCCUGGACGGCUGGGAGUACGACCGCAGCGUGUACGUCUCCACCAUCAUCUCGGAGUGGGACCUGGUGUGUGACAACAGGUGGAAGAACCCCUUGACUUCGUCCCUCUUCUUCUGCGGUGUCCUCGCCGGCUCCUUCAUUUCGGGGCAGCUGUCUGACAGGUACGGCAGGAAGAUCGUGCUGUUUGUCACGAUGGCGGUGCAGACGCUGUUCACGCUGCUCCAGGUCUUCUCCCCGUCGUGGCCCGCGUUCUGCGCCAUGUUCUUCGUGGUCGGGCUGGGGCAGAUCUCCAACUACGUGGCUGCGUUCGUGCUGGGGACGGAGAUACUGGGCCCUCGCGUGCGGACGGUCUUCUCCACCGCCGGCGUGAGCCUGUUCUUCGGCGUCGGCUACAUGCUGCUGCCGCUGUUUGCGUGCUUCCUCCGGGACUGGAGGAAGCUCCUCCUGGGCCUGGCGCUGCCCGGCUUCCUCUGUGUGCCUCUCUGGUGGUACAUCCCGGAGUCUCCUCGCUGGCUGCUCUCACAGGGACGAGUGCAGGAGGCCGAGGACAUCCUGAGAGACGCCGCCAGGAGGAACGGCAUCGAGCCUCCGCCCGUCAUCUUCGGCCCUCUGCAGAGAGAACUUCAAUGCGAGAGCAGGAAGGCCCACAACAUCUGUGACCUGCUUCGCUCCGGAAACAUCCGCUGGAUCUCUCUCACGCUGUGGCUGGUCUGGAACACCGUGGCCAUCGCUUACUUUGCCCUCUCCCUGAACACGGCCAACCUUCACGGCGACGCCUACUUCAACUCGCUGGUGUCGGCGCUGGUGGAGAUGCCGGCCUACUCGCUGUCCUGGGCCAUGUUCCGCUGGUGCUCCAGACGACUCAGCCUUUUCUCCACGCUCUUCAUGGGGGGGGUGUUCCUACUCUUCAUAAAGCUCGUACCGCUCCACAUGGUUUACCUCGCCAUAACACUGGAGAUGUUGGGCAAGUUUGCCGUGACGACUGCGUUCGCGAUAGUUUACGCCUACACAGCCGAAAUCUACCCCACGGUGGUGAGGAACACGGCGCUGGGCGCCUGCUCCAUGGCCUCCAGGAUCGGCAGCAUCAUCGCCCCCUACUUCAUCUACUUAAGAAGCUACUCCGACUCGCUGCCUUACAUCCUGAUGGGGAGCCUCACAGCUCUGUCCGGGUUGCUGAGCCUCCUGCUGCCCGAGAGCUACGGAAUGCCGCUGCCCGACACCAUCGCUCACAUGCAGCACUUCCCCGGAUGUUGUAGGAAGAAACCGUACUCGCUCGCUUACAGCGAGGAGAAGAGAAACGCUACCAACAGGAAGUCUUCGGUUCUCCUCUGAACAACAACAACAACAACAACAAGUCAAGAGGAUUCUGCUUUUCUAGAUCUGUGUUUUCUGCAUCUGGACCGAGCAGCAUAACAGUUAUUCAAACAAUAUAAUGGGCCUCUUAAAAUGGAGUCAAUAUAAUCUGCAUUAAAUAUUAACAGCAUACACUUGUUCUCAUGUUCACGUGACACUGAUGUUCACUGUUAUAAAGAUCUAACUGAUUUAAGAUGUUUCAGUACAUCGUUUAAAUGGUAUUUACAUGUUUCUGAGAUAACAAGCCCAGUUAGAUUCACUCACUAAAUGUCAUUGUGUGUCUGUACAGUAGAAUCAAUGCGAGUGAAACUAGAGUUAAUUAUGCAGCAGCACUGAAUGACUCGUAUUUGAUGACGAUCAGAGUCGACUUUCAAAAAGCACAGCAGGCUUUGAGCGUUGUUUUCGGACGAAAACGCUCCUGAUGCUGUUGUGACAAAAGACAAAAACAUCGUGUGGUUUUCAGAAUACAGAAAUAAAAAUGACAGUCUUUGAAUAUUAUA